AUGAAAGACACAGUUGCAGCUCUUCGCUGGAUCAAGAAAAAUAUUGCAAAAUUUGGUGGAGAUCCGGACAAUAUCACCAUUUUCGGAGAAAGCUCUGGGGCAUCUUCUGUAACUUACCUAAUGAUGUCACCGUCGGCACACGGACUCUUUAAUAAAGUCAUAGCUCAAAGUGGCACUUGCUUUGAAGACUGGGCUCAAGCGAGAGACAUGAAAGAAAGGGCUUUCAGGGCUGCGAAGGUAUUAGGCAAAGAUGCCAAGAAUGUUGGAGAGUUGUUGGACUUCCUUCGUAGUGUACCACCCCUUAAUUUGACUAAUCUUACUGAAAAAACGAUGACUGAAGAAGAAAAGUAUAGAGGCUUUCCUGAACAAUUUGUUCCCGUUAUUGAGAAAAAGUUAAUAGGUGUCGAGCCCUUCCUUGAUGAGGAUCCUGUGCAGAAGGUCGUAAAAGGCAAAGUCAGUAAAAUGCCUAUAAUGCUUGGAUAUAACUCUGGUGAAGGAAUAUCGACAAUUUCUGAUGAAAUCAAGCGAUUGGAUGUAAAGAACAACAACGUUUCAUUAUUUGUACCGAGAUCGAUUGUUGAGAUUGUUUCUAAAGAAAAGGCUUUAGAGUUUGGACGAAGAAUUCAAUCAUUCUACGGUAGUAUUACCAAAGACAAUCCAGAAGUCAUACGUGAUGUUCUGACAGACGCCAAUUUCGCAUACAACACACACAGAUUCGCAUACUUGUACAGUAAAUUGAAUGCUCCCGUAUAUAUGUACAGAUUCAACUAUGAAACUGAUUUGAACAUCAUAAAGAAAUAUUCCUCAUUCAAACAUAUACCUGGAGUAAGCCAUGCUGAUGAUCUUUUCUAUUUAUUCUACAAUAACUUGAACAAGGAGGCCUAUGAUAAUCAACCUAAGUUGAGAGACAUCGCUUAUGAAGUUACCAAGCUAUGGACUGAUUUUGCGAAGUAUGGAAACCCUACACCAGAUGGAAGCUUGGGGGUAGCCUGGCAGCCAUACACGCCAUCUGGCAAGGAAUACUUCAACAUCCAGGAGAAAUAUUCCAACGGUCAGUACGCUGACAAAGACCGCAUUGAAUUCUGGAACCAAAUCUACAGGGAAGCUGGCUUGCCCUACAUUGGACAGUGA